AUGGACAUCAAGAACAAGUUGGAUCGCGAUGCGCCCGAUCUGGCGGCCAAGCAGCGCCCAAGCAACCGCAUUACCCGGCGGUUCAAGGCCGAACUCAGCACCAAUCACGUGGACAUUCUGCUCUUGGCCUGUUGUCUCUGCUCCGGCUUGACUGACAGCACACUAUACAACGCCUACAGCACUUUCGUAUCCAUGCAGACCGGCAACACCAUCUUCGUCGCCCUCGGCGCGUCGCACCAAAACACCAAACCCUACGGCUGGGCCCGCUCCCUCUGCUCCAUCGGCUGCUUCGUCCUCGGCUCCCUCUUCUUCAGCCGGCUCUCGCUACUCCUCGGCCCCAAACGGCGCAUCGCCCUCACCACCUCCUUCGCGCUGCAGACCAUGUUCGUCGUCGUCGCCGCGGCCAUCGUGCAGGGCGGCGCCAUCGACGGCGCGGUGCCGCAGCGAACGAGCUCGGCCGACGCCGCCGUGCACUGGAACGAGCUGGCGCCGAUAGCGCUGCUGAGCUUCCAGUCGGCGGGCCAGAUUGUGUGCAGCAGGGCGCUGGGGCUGGGCGAGGUGCCGACGGUGGUGGUGACGAGCUUGCUGUGCGAUUUGAUGAGCGACACGGCGUUGCUGGCCGGGCUGACGGCGAACGUGAAGAGGAAUCGGAGGGCGGCGGCGUUUGCGUUGACGCUGGUGGGGGCCAUUGCCGGGGGGUGGAUAUCCAAGGCGACGAGGGGGGUCGAGUAUGCGUUGUGGGUGGUGGCGGGCAUCAAGUUGGGGAUUACGGCGGCGUGGGCGCUGUGGAGGGAGAAGGUCUGA